AUGGAUUUUACACAGAGCCAAGUUGAUUUAGUAGAUGACUCAAAAACUACCAGCCAAAGUUUUUUGUAUAAGAAGAAGGCAGACGCUGUAGACAAUAGCUCAACUUGUGCAAAAAUUACACAAGAGGAUUUACUGCGCAUGUUUGAACACAGUCAAGAAGUUUUACAAAAUUAUCUGGGGUUGAGAGAAGCUGUUAUUGACAGCAGAAGAAAGGGUGAGAUCUGUUGGUGUGAUCCGAGGGAUGCACAGAUGAAAGAGAGGCUGACGGUGACUGGGUGGAAGCCCAGGGUUGUCUUCAAGCUGCCUCCAGAGCAGCAGGACAGUUCUGAAACUGGUGGUGUUGAGUACGCCAUCAAACAGGUGGCACUAGAUAAGGAGGGUCCAGGUGAGGCUGGGGAGGAUAAUGCUGAUGCAGCUAACGGACAGGAGGCCGGCGAUGGUGGAGAUGACGGUGUGAAAGUAGAAUCAGAUAACAGGAGUUUCAUUUGUGGACUUGGUGGUUGUAAACAGGCAUUUACCUCACUGGCUGGCUACGAGUCACACUACCACACCUGUCACAACUACGUCUGUAGCACCUGCAGGAGCAGUUUUGUCUCAGCUUUUCUCCUGGACAUCCAUCUGGAAGAGAAUCAUGAUUCUUACUUCCAGGUCCUUAGUUCCCGGACUGACAUGUUCCGCUGCCUUGUGGAAAGCUGCAGUCUGAAGUUCAGGACACCUGACCUGCGUAAAGAUCACCUCAUCAAAGUCCACAAGUUGCCGGCCAACUUCAUGUUUCAUAAGCCAAUUAAAACAAAAUCAAAAAAGAUUAAAGCAACAGUUCGGCCACAGUCGGCAACAUCUAACACAGAAAGCAACAGCAUGGAUACAACACAUGAACCACCAUCAUCCAACAUGGAAUGUGAGACUGGAGACCAUUCUUUGCCUACUGUUGCUGGAAAAACUAAAAACCAUAGGAGAAACCAGAAGGUGCCUCUGGGCGUCUGCUUUGGCAGGGGCGCACACAAGACAUUUAGUAAUCAUCCGCCCACUGGCAGGGGGCGCCACUGGCAUCAGGUGGGUUCGGCGGAUAUGGAUACAGCAGUGGAUAUAGAGAAUGUGGAUUUUACAGACUUGGUGGAUAGUCUUGAGUGUUCAUGA